GUGUAUUUAUUUAUUUACUUCUGAAUUAAAUAUACAAAAUUGCAUACAAUAUGUCCGAAAAGGACAGUAAAACAGAAAAUGAUGACACAAAAAAUACACAGACGGCCGAGAAACCUUUGGACGAAGCACAGAUCAAAGUUAAUAACAUGCUAAAAGAUCGCUUGCGGAAGUACAUCAAAAAGUUGGACGACACAAACACCAGCAUCACCAAGGAAGAAAGCCGAAAAAUAGAAAUAGAAACCUUUAAGCAGCUUUACAAGCCCAAAAUAGAAGGUGAUGAAGAGUCCUACAAGAAAAUACCCAAGUUUUACUACAAACUCCCUCGCCCCGACGAGCAGCUGGCUCAGAAGCUACGAGAGGAGACUCGGGCACAGUUUUUACAGAAGAAAAGUAAAGAGUUGUUGGAUAACAGUGAGCUGAAGCAUCUCUGGAGUCUUCUGGAGAAGUCGAAUGGGAGCUAUAGCACUUCAAACAAUGAUGAGCUGAUGAUAGACUAUUUUCAGUUUAAGAAGAUUAGGGAUGAGGCGGGGCCUAAGUACAGGCCCUACUUCACAGCAGAGGUAUUCGGUCGUCUGCAAGCAGCAGAGGGCGGCACAGGGCGUGUGCGAGGCGUGUCUCUCUUCAACUACGUCAUGCGAAGAGUGUGGCUGCAACAGACGCGUAUAGGCCUCUCGCUCUAUGACGUCACAGGACAGGGCUACCUUACUGAACAUGACCUGGAGAGCUACAUAGCUGAACUAGUGCCCUCCCUAGCAGCACUGGACGGCCUAGACUCCUCAUUCAGUUCCUUCUACGUUUGCACGGCUGCUCGCAAGUUCCUGUUCUUCCUAGACCCGCUACGAGUUGGCAGAGUCAGGAUCAGAGAUGUGCUGUCUUGCUCCUUCUUGGAUGAUCUGCUGGAGCUGCGUGAGGAAGACCUUCCGAUGGAGCUUCAAGAGCAAAACUGGUUCAGUGCAGCCUCCGCGCUGCGUGUGUACGGACAGUACCUUAACUUAGACCGGGACCAUAACGGCAUGCUGUCCAUCUCUGAGCUAGCAGGCUACGGCUCCGGGACCCUAACCCGCGCGUUCCUCCAACGCGUAUUCCAGCAAUGUCUCACCUACGACGGAGAAAUGGAUUACAAAACCUACCUAGAACUAGUGCUCGCUCUCGAGAACAGGAAACAGCCAGCCGCCCUCGCCUACCUGUUCCGACUACUAGACAUCAACUCACAGGGUUAUCUCGACAAGUUCACGCUCAACUACUUCUUUAAGGCCAUCCAAGAACAGAUGGUGGCCCACGGAGCUGAGCCAGUCAACUUCGAAGACGUGAAGGACGAGAUCUUCGAUAUGAUUCGCCCGGAGCAUCCCUCACGAAUCACGCUUCAGGACCUUAUACGCAGCGGGCACGGGCACACGGCAGUGUCCAUCCUGCUGGAGCUGCACGGGUUCUGGGCGUACGAGAACCGCGAGGCGCUGGCCGCCGCGCCCGACCACUCCUGACAGGCUGCCGCCUGCCCCGUGGUCGACGAGAAGCGGUUCUACGUCAUCUAGAGAGGUUCUACCUCUUGUGAAGGGGUUCUACGUCAUCUGCAGUGGUUCUGCCUCUUGUGAAGAGAUUCUACGUCAUCUAGACUCGUUCUAUUUCUUGUGAAGAGGUUCUACGUCAUUUAGAAAAGUUCUGCCACUUGUGAAGUGGUUCUACGUCACCUAGAGUGGUUCUACCACUUGUGAAUAGGUCCUACCACUUGUGAAGACGUUCUACAUCAUCUAGCAUGGUUCAACCACUUGUGAAGAGGCCCUACCACUUAUGAAGAGGUUCUACAUCAUCUAGUAUGGUUCUACCACUUAUGAAGAGGUUUACAUCGUCUAGUAUGGUUGUACUACUUGUGAAGAGGUUCUACGUCAUCUAGAGUGGUUCUGCCUCUUGUUAUUACUGUGAAAAUAGUUCUAAAAUUAUCAUAGGACGUUUAAAAUUAUUUAAAGAGAAAUCUGCAUUUAUUGUAGAGCGCCUUACUACUUAGAAAUAAUUGAAGUGUACUUGAUGUAAAAUAUUAACACGGUCACUAUCCCGCGCUAAAUUGUAAACUUUACUGUUUUGUAAUAAGUAAUUACGUAUGGGGGCACUGAACAGUGAACGGGUUAAAAGCAGGGCUUGGAUACCGGUAAAAUUUUCAAACCGUUAUCAUGUACUUGCGGAAAAACCUUCGCUCAAACAACCGCUAUUUUUAAACCGGUUUUUAGGAGAACUCU